AUGGACGACCAGAAUAAUCCAUGGACGGCGCCAUUUCACCCCGUUCCCGCCCGGCAGCUCGUGAGCGUCGAGCACCCUGCCAUCGUGCGCAAUGUCGACAAGGCCAUUGAAACCCUACAAGGCGACGCCGGAAUCAAAUCAAUAUUGGACCGGACCAGGGAAGACCCGAAGGCCAAUCUGGUAUUGCGGCCCGGAGAUGCCCUAUCUCGGCCAGUCCAGUCAACUCACGUGCCAUCAAAUAACGUCUUGCUCAAAGUCACCGUCCCAAAGAGGACUGGACGGAAACGCAAACUAGGUUCAGAUGCGCCUUUUGAAUAUUCGCCAGAGCCUGAAGUUGCAGGCCCACCGCGACGCACAGCAAAGGAUCUCUUGCGCAGCCUCAGCGACAACCCUACGACUUAUCAGAUAGAGCCAGUUGGGAGCAUUGAGCAUACGCAUCUUUUCCGAGGAAUGCCUGAUUUCGUCUACUCGACACAGGCAAGCUCCUUCGCCAACAGGUUCCGAGAGCAGAUCCUUUCGUAUGACUUUGACAAAAUGAAACAAUUCGACAUCGACAUGGGCAAGGGUACCCAAAAGAAUGCGGAUAUCAUCCCACCACCAUCCUUCAGCCAUGGUGACGUGCCGUUCCACUAUAUCUACCGUCAAAACCCAACCGUGAAGAAGACAGUGGGAAAAUCCGGCCAAAUGGAAACAAUCAACACCUCAACUGCCAGUAAAGUUCUGACUCAUCUCGUCUCCUUCGACGUCGCCACAGUCCCUCAAAAGCCACGCGAGAACCUCUUGCCUCUCGAAGCUCAUGACCAAAGCAUGCGCGACACAAUCGCCGCCGUCGAAGCACUGUACGAACAGCGGCCAAUCUGGACCCGUCGCGCUAUCCGCAACAGUCUAACAUCAGAUGCGCAACGCUCAAACCUCCGUCACGCCAUCCCAUACGUAGGCUACAUCUUCAGAUCCGGACCGUGGCGCGACGCAAUCGUCAAAUUGGGCGUAGACCCGCGCACAUCCCCAGAAUACCGCCACUACCAAACCUUCAUGUUCCGUCUCUUCUCACGAGAAGCAGAGUUGGGUCGCGACGGCGCAGGUGGACGACGACAUAACCUUCCUCGUCCCAGUGACGCCCGACUCGAUAAAGAAUCCGGCUCUGCCGAUAUAGAUGGCCACAUCUUCAACGGCAAGCUGCCACUCUCCACCGAUGGUCGUAUCUGGAUGAUUCGUGAUAUCACAGACCCGCAGCUGCGAGCUGCGCUUUAUCCCGAGAACCCGGCGCCAGAUUUCCUGCGCAAGGAAUGCGAGAUUGUUACCGACGGCUGGUACGGUAAUGGAACGCUUGGAAAGGCGAAGACGGUAAUGAGAGCUAAGAUUGCUGUUUUGAUGGAAGGGAAGCAGCCUGUUGAUGAGGACUAUGUGAGGAUCAUGAAGCUUCCUGAUCAUGCGAAUUGUGAGCAGGACAUUGAGCUUUUCACGAUUGAUCUUGAGACGAGCACUAGCAAGGAGACUGCGUUGGCGACGGAGGUGAGGUCUACGAUUCGUGGAGCGCCGAAGUGGAGGCAAGCGACGGCUGGUAAAGACAAAGAGAAAAAGAAGGAGGACAAGAAAGAGAAAGAGAAGGAGAAGAAGAAGAAGGGAAAGAAGAAGGAGAAAGCCGUUGAGUUUGAGGCCCAGAGUGAAGGAGAAGAGGAGGAGCUUGAACGACAAGAGAUGAUCGCGGCACAGGUGGCCGCUGCUGCUGCUGCCAGAGAUGCGGAUGAAGCUAACGGCGAGGGAGAAGGCGAUGACGAGGGGGAUGAUAAUGGUCCCAUGGAUGAAGACGAAGACGAAUGA